AUGGCGAACCAAAAGAGUAAUGAAGCGGCAAUCAAGAAUCUUGAGACUCAAGUGGGACAAUUAGCCAAGCAAUUGGCUGAAACGCAAACUGGACCGUCAUUUCCAGCUAACACUCAACCAAAUCCAAAGGAGCAUUGUAAAGCAAUUGUGAUAAGGAGUGGGAGAGUAGUUGAGAAUGGAGUUGAAAAGGAGGUUGAAAAUGAGGAGGAUAGGAUAGAAAAAGAGAAUGAACAAAUUCCGAAGUACACAAAGUUCAUGAAAGAUAUUCUCACAAAGAAGAAAAGGUACACCGAGCCUGAAACUGUAAUUCUUGAUGCAAAGUGUAGUGCAAUCAUUCAAUGUACCUUACCGAGAAAAGAGAGCGAUCCAAGACGAGUCACUUUGCCGGCUACCAUUGGUGAUAUUCAUGUUGGAAGAGGUUUAGUUGAUUUGGGGUCUAGUAUCAAAUAUAUUCCAUUGUCCAUGGUGAAGAGGUUAAGCAUUUUUGACUUAAAAGCAACGAGAAUGACAUUACAACUUGCCGAUAAGUCCACAACUCGCCCUUAUGGAGUUGCGGAAGAUUUACUUGUGAAAGUUGAUAAGUUCUUGUUUCCCGUUGAUUUUGUUGUGAUCGACAUGGAGGAAGAUAUUGAGACACCCUUGAUUCUUGGAAGGCCUUUCAUGAAACGACAAGGAUGA